AUGAUUUUUGAAGUGAUCGUCGGCGUCAGCGUGAUCUUGUACUUAAUAUGGAAAUAUUGGUUGCCGGGCAAACAGGACAUAUUAGAACCACUGCCAAAUAAUGAAAUUGGUAAGAAAAAUAGUUGUGAUGAAAAUACAGUAAAUGCUCUGAAACAUGGUUCUCAAGUGAUUGAAAAAGUCUACGAUAGGAACUAUGAUGUUAUCACUAAAAGUUUCCAAGACGAAGUUGAAGAAAAAUAUAAUAUAGAUUUACCGAAAUUCACACAGUCCUUAGAAACGGAAAGAUUAAUUACACCGUCCCUUGGUGUAAAGGAACGAUUAAUUACACCAAGUGAACUUCUGAAAAAAAUAAAAGACAAACCGUCACUUGAAAACAUUACACCAAAUACAAAAUAUGAUAAUGGUCAAAAUAUAGACGGAAACAAACUGAUAACUGAUGACAUACUUUUACCGGUUUCAUUAUUGAAUAAACAAAUACGGCGUAGCAAUAUUGAAACAAAUCUGCUUGAUGAUACAAAGCAUGAAUGUAAAAUCAAACGUUUAGAAAUAGACGAUGUCCUAAAUAGUCUUCAAGAGAAAAAAGUUAUUCACGAAAGCACAGAGCUAACGGCAAAUAACACAGACGAAACAAUUUUUACACCAAAUAAGAUAAACGAUGAAGUAAAUCACGAAAAUUCAAACAAACGAGAGAGCCCGCCUAAGGAAAGAUUUGCCGAGUUUCUCGAAAAAACUAUUUUAAGCGAUGAUAAAAUUCAAACAAUAUUUCACAAUUUGUCUCUAGAUUUCACGGACGCUCCAAAGACCGAGGAGCAGGUUUUUGGAGUUCAAAAUGAAAUACAACCUGUUUCUAACAAUAAUAACGUUUCAUUCUUUUCUAUAAGUGAAAAAGCUGCAAAACUUCAGAAAUCUAUUGACGAAGCUGCUGAUACAUUCAAAUUUUUGAAUGAUAAUAGCAAUAGUUUAAAUAUCAUUUCGACAGGAAUUGAAAAUAACGCGGUUGCUUCCGAGCCUAAAGAAAUAAAUGAGAAACUCGUACAUCAAAAUGAAAACAACGAUAAGCCUUUCCUGAAACGUCUUCAAAAGCAAUCUGGGUUUCCCGUAGGCCUCAAUUUUGGAUCAGUAAUAGGAGAACUGAAGAAUAAAACGAAAAAUGCUGGCAACGGCAGCCUAAAGCCCGUAUUCAAGAAAUUCGAUCCAGAUUAUAAAGAAAAUCAGGACACUCUGAAUGCGGCUGUGGAUGAAAAGAAAAAAGCACAAAUAGAGGACAACGAGUUAGGCCCGAACAUUCUAGCUGACAGACGGAACAAGCUCGAGACUGCCGCGCAGGGAUGGCGCAAACGCGUGCCUCAAAACGACGCGAGUCUAUUCACUGUGGCCGGACGUUUGGAACGCGACAAAGUGCCGACCGCCACGCCACCGCUCACGCCUCCGCCUAUGACCCCACCCGCGACCGCUGUGGCCCCACCCGCUGUUACCACGCCCGCUGUGCCCACACCGAACAAGUUCAGGUCGCGCAAGCAAAACUCGCCUACGAACAACGGUUUCGCGUCAGGCCCCCUAAGGUCCGCGUCGUGUGCCGUAGUAAGCGCAGUCGUGGACAAACAUAAGGAGCCCCCAAGAAUCGACCGCGACUGUUUCAAACGAAGUCAUUCCGUUAGCGAGAACAUCAGCACGAGACUAGAAGAGAACGAUGAAGUGUCCCCAGGGGCGGAGAAAUCUGGUUGCCCAGUGCUGGUUCCAAGAGCCGAUGACGAGACCUUCCACGCGUUCUUCGCGCCCCUCCAGCAGUUGGACAGGACGCAAGAUGUGGCUGAUGUAGACCUGGACGCAAUUGAUAGUGGUUCCAGACAACUCCUCGCAAGUGAUUGGGCGCGGCGAGCCAAACGGGAAAGGCGACACGCGGCUUCAAGGAAUCCUCUAAGAGCGUUAGCAGCGAGAACUGACAUUCGCCAGGAAUAUCUACCACCCCCUUCUACGAUCAGGGAACAACUGAUCAAGGAAAAAGUAACGGCCAACUGUGGCUUGGCAGCGGAAGCGCUUGCAGCGCUUGCUACCAAAGAGGACUUCGCGAAUGUAGCGCUGCGCAGCGCUUCAACCACUUCGGUCCCAACGCAAGGAGUCAAACCUUUAAUGCUUUUACACGUUAAAGGCAGGAGACGAGUGCAGACUCGACUCGUAGAACCAGUGCAUACGAAUGUGAAUCGGGGCGAUUGCUUCAUUCUAACCACCACGGAACAGCUGUUCCUGUACAUUGGACUCUAUGCCAAUGUCAUAGAGAGGAACAGGAGCACCGACAUCGCACUACACAUUCAAAAGACCAAGGAUCUCGGCUGCAAGUCGGUUACGGACAUUAUAAAAAUCGACGAGCAGACCAAAAACUUCUCAAACAAACAUUGGACCCAAUUCUGGUCACUACUAGGAGUAACAGAUUCCAUAGAAGACUACAAACCCGUAGAAACCGGCCACGCGGACGAAGACGAAAUCUACGAGUCUUGUAUAGUACAAACUAAUAUGUGUUACGAAGUGAUGGACGACGAAUUGGUCCCCAUAAAAGAAUACUGGGGUCAGAUGCCAAAAAUCGCGAUGUUAAACCAAUCGAAGAUCAUCGUUUUCGACUACGGCUCCGAAAUGUACAUAUGGUACGGGAAAAACGUGCCUUUGGAGAGUAGAAGGCGAGCGGCUCAAUUAGCUCAAGAAUUGUUUGAUGAAGGAUAUAAUUAUGAAGAGUGUCAUAUAAACCCUUUGAAUGCGGCAAUUCAUCAAGGUGCUAGGGAUUCCCAAUCAAACGGAGUAGUGAAAACAUCGAAGAAACGCCCCGAAUGGGCGAUCCUAUCCAAAGUGACUCAGCACAUGGAAACCAUACUGUUCAAAGAGAAAUUCAUCGAUUGGCCCGAUUACUCCCGAGUCAUUAAAGUGAAGCCAGCCGAGAAUAAAUCCAACUCCGCGGAAAUAACUCCUUGCGAUGCCGAGGAGAUGUGGUCCAACGAAUACCAGGAUCCAGAUCUCACUUUGGAAGGAUCCCACAUCGGUAGGGGCACGCAUUACUACGACAAGGAAUCCAUGAGACAUUACGAUAUCAAAACGAAAACUGUCUCCAAAUGGGUCAUACAGGACAACGACUAUCAGAAAGUGGAGAACGAAUCUGAAAUCGGCGUUUUCUUUUCUGCCGAUAGUUAUAUUAUCCGUUGGGAGUACCAGAUAACGGUUUCUGGGCGGGAAUUGAACGGGAAACCUUCGAAGCACAAUGUAACAGGGCGCGAUAGAUGCGCAUACUUUUGCUGGCAAGGAAAAGACGCAUCUCCGAACGAAAAAGGGGCGGCCGCUUUGUUAACAGUAGAAUUAGAUAGAGAGAAAGGUCCCCAAGUGAGAGUGGCUCAAGGGAACGAACCCCCUGCUUUCCUAAACCUUUUCCAAGGAAACUUGGUCAUCCAUCAAGGGAAGAGAGAUACGGAUAAGAAUAGAUACCGUUUAUUCGUAACACGAGGAAAUCUUGCCAACGAAGCGUACUUACUGCAAGUGCCUUGCUCAGUACGGCAAUUGCGAAGCCGUGGAUCUCUCUUACUAGCUGAUACAGAAAAGGGUCGCCUUUACAUCUGGCAUGGGGCUCGAAGCUUAAAACACACGAAGAAUAUCGCUAUAGAACUAGCUAACAAACUGAUCGCUCGAAAAUGCGAUUAUCUUUACAAAAGUAGCGUUGAUAUUGAAAUUACGGAGGUUAAAGAGGGGGAGGAGCCCAAAGAAGUGUUGGAAGCUUUGGGGGUAGCUAAUAAACAGCAUUAUAGUUCUGUUUUGGGGGCGGGUAGAGACGUAGGGGGUGAUAGUACGGCUAGGUUGUUCCAUUUCACGGAUCUUGGUGGCCAGUUCGAAGCUAACGAGGUGCUGUCUCCAUUGCGGCACGAACAUUUGGUGACACCCUUCCCUUUUGAACAAAAGGAGUUGUAUUCAGCUUCGCAACCAGCUCUAUUCCUAUUGGACGACGGCAAGAUCGUAUGGCUGUGGCAGGGUUGCGACGUUCUUUUGUUCAUAAGGCGUGGGCGCGUUCGCGGCUCGAUGGCAAUCUCUCCGCGCGGCUGCUCUACGCACUUGCGAAGCCUAUUGGCGCGCAUCCCGCCCAUUAACCACUACGCCUGUAGUCCGAGUGGUGGCGGCCGGCCUAGAACCGCAACAGUUCACUGACCUCUUCGACACCACGGGUUUAAGGCCGGCGACGCGCUAUGCGGCGACUACGAGUUGUCGCGGCUCACGAGUAGAGCGGCGGUUCUACCGCUAGCGGAACUUCAGCAGAGACCACUUCCUGACCACGUGGAUCCGAAUCAUCUGGAGCGCCAUCUCUCGGACAUAGACUUUAGGGAGGCCUUCGGAAUGACCAAGGAAGAUUUCUCCGCGCUCCCAGCUUGGAAGCAAACAAACAUGAAGAAGGACGUCGGUCUGUUUUGA